CGGCUCAGUGCGAGGAUGGAUCGGCGUCACGGCGCAGGCAGCGGACGCGUCGUCGUGUGUCGUCGUCGACGGAUGGUGCACCGGGAGUCGGAUUAAUCCGGGGUGGCGCCGGGGUGACCCCGCCGGGGGAGGAACAUGUGACGCGACGCGCAAUCCGCGGACAAAUCACAAAAGUCUUCCAUUAGCGUUUAAUCUAAGAGUAGCGCGGUCGCUAGAUUCCGCUUCUCUAGAAUCCUAAGUGCUAAGCUCCGAGUUGUGUGUGUAUCGCGCGUAUAGAGUUUAAGUCUAGAGUUAACACUUUUGAUGGGAGCAAACGGCGUUUCGCGCCAAUUAAAUAUAUAAAAGAUAUAUAAUCGAGGCGUGCGAGAGGGAAAAGUCUACGAGGGGGAUCACGCAAUUUCUCGCUGGACCGAUUAGAUAAUGUUGGGAACGACGGGAAGUCUCGAGUGAACGAGACCGGAAAAACCGCAAGAGAAUUCCGCUGCUUUCGCUAGACUAAGUUAUACAAAUGCACGUGGCAAAAAAUAUAUAUUGAUUAAAUGUUAGAUGGCUGCCCAAAGUGUGAUCUGAAAUAAGAAGCCUGCGACGAAGAUUGUUGGGCGAAUCGCAUUGAUCGGAAGAAUAUAAUUCCGGGAUUCUGGACUUUCGCGAUGUGCAACGAGAAAAGCACGAGAUAUAAUUUAACCGCUUGAACAAGAAAGAAGAAAGGAAAGCUUAUUCGGGAGAGGAAAAACUUAGAUUCGUAAAAAUCCAAUCUUUUCGACACUUUUAAGAUUUAUACGCAACAAGGACAUUUUGAUUAAAAGAGAAAUUCAUAUGAAAAGGAUAUUUUAAUUAAAUAUUUCAAUUCGCACAACAACUUUACGAAGAACAACGCGUCUUUUCUCGCAAUUGUGGUUUUAGAGAGAAAUAUUAAAUCUUGAUCCAUGUGUCUCCACUUAGAAAAGACGGGAACUUUUUUCUACAAAAAUCCAUGUGUCUCCAAGUCGUCGAUCGCGACGAUGCUGUGUUAAGGGAAACGUCCUGCUUUUUAGCGAAACGGAGAAGCACGACGGUGAUUGUGUGCCUGAUCUGAAGUCUUCCUGAACUCAUAGUAAGAAAGUUCGCCGAUAUAUACGGAUAUACACAUAUAUAUAUAUCCUAUUCUUCCACGAUCGAGUAAGAUCUAGCGAUCCAAGUGACAUAAAUAUAUAAUAAAACAUAUAACGUAAGAUAAUAAUUGUCCUUUAUAACAAUAGAAAAUUGUAAAAACGUAAUGAUAAGCGACGCACGGAAAUGCGCAGUGAUGGAGGAAUAGAAGAAACAUCGACGACAAAACAAGCACUCGGAUGUGAGAUGACAAGAGUCAUUCGAGGAAUGCCGGUGUGAAACGACGCGUGCGAAGGGAGAGACGGGACCUGCCAUUGUUGUCAUCGCCGGAUGAUUAUUCUGGCUAGGAAAGCCGGGAUACAAAAGACACACGCCGGCCGGAGAGGAAGAGAGGGCUAUUACCUUCGUCUCUUUAUCCGCCGCUCCUCCCCUCUGUUCCCCCCUCGCGAAGAGAUUAAACGUCGGGCGGCUAUUUGCACAACGUGGGCCAACCGACGGCGCUUCCCGAGUUCCGCCAACAACCUAAUCAGCCAAGAUUAUUCACCGUUGGAACUUCCUUCGCUUUAAACGGUGGAAUAAAUUUGAGGAAACGAGAUCCCGGCCGGAAUAGCGAUCGGCUGGUUUUAAACGGAAUUGCGGGCCGCGGAUUAUCAGCUUGGAGUCUGCCGAGAGAUUGACAAUUAUCUCGCGCUUUACUGCAUCGUGCGAAGAAUUUUCAAGAAUCGAAACGGUCAGAUUCCGCAGAGGAUCCUCAGAGAAGCUCGAGACUCGACCGGUCAUCCGCGCCAGCCUUCUCCGGGAAGAAUUCUCAACGAGGAAUCGGGAUCCUCGAGGAAUGACGAUGUCGGCAACGGUGUCGCCGGCGAAACCCGCGCGCGGACGCGGUCCGGCCGACGGCCGGGCCUUCUUCGAGACGUUGUGGCGCGGCGGCAACUUCCUGCUGGACCGGCAGAAAGUGCUGAAGCGCUGGCGCAAACGCAAGCUGCACCACGCGGCGGCCAAUAACGGCAAGAGGAGGCAGCAGCAACAGCAGCAGCAGCAGCAGCAGCAGCAGCAGCAGCAGCUACUGCAGAUGCAGCGUCAACAUUGCUGUUGCUGCCAGCGCAUUCAGCUGCACCUACUCGCCGGACGGCGAAGCAACAUGCGCUCCGUCGUCAGCGUGCGGGAGACACACCAGAUCGCUGAGGCGCAGCAGGAGAAGAACGCGAAGCUGCGCGAGGCGUUCGGUAUCUCCGAGUUCUUCGUGGAGGGCAGUAGCUUAGACCCGGAGCGGCACGCGCGCGAGGCGGAAGCGCGAGCCGCCGCCGCCGCCGCCGCGAGCAAGGUCUACGAGCUGGUGCGUACGCCGAGCCCGGUGCCGCCGCCGCCGCUGCUGCCGCCGCCGGACACGACCGGCGCCGCCGUCGAGAAGAAGAAGCGGAAGCGCUCCGGCAGCACGAGCGCGAGCAAGAAGAAGAAGGCGAAGAAGCACAAACGGGAAAGAUCCGAAUCCCCGAAGUCCGGCAAGAAGAAAGAAAAGUCGAAGAAGAAAAAGAAGGAGAAGAAGCAUAAGAAAGCCGAGGCCACGUCGUCUGACAAUGACUCCAGCGAGGAUUCCGACGAUAGCAACUCGUCCGAGACCGAGUCGAGGAAGAGGAAGAAGAAGAGGAAGAAAAAGCUGAAAGUCGAGGGAAAAGAGAAACAUGAGAAGAAGAAGACCUCGACCAAACGGAAACGUCAGUCAUCCGAGAGCUCCACAGACAGCUCUGUGGAGAGACCGAAAAAGUCAGUGAAACACGAGAGAAACGCCGCGGUGGAGAAGGCGUCGAAAAACGAAGUUUCCGAGAAUGCCACCACCUCGCGGGAGCCGCCGUCUCGAUCGAUUCGAUCUCCGAAGAAGGCGGAGCGAGCGGCGGUGGCGCGAAAUGAGACUCCGCCGCUGCAACCGGCUGCCGCCAAGGCGAAGAAAGACUCGCCGACGAAGAAGAGCGCGACGGAGAAGCGGGACAAGUCGCCGAUGAGCCACAACAGGAGUCCACCCACGUCAUCUCGGCGAUACCGAUCGUCGUCCCGCGGCAGGGGCGACAGAGGGGGAGGAGGAAGAUCCCCGAGAAGAUACUCGAGAUCGCGUCGCGCCAGUCCGUCGCCCAAACGCAGACGGGGCUACUCCAGAUCGCCCCGACGACACGGCAGACACUCCGUGACGAGAAGCAGAAGUCGCUCGAGGUACGAUCGUUACGGGUCCUCGCGCAGGAGACCGGCGUCGCCGCCGGUGAGGCGCCGGGACGCUGAUUCUCGCCGGAGAUCGCGCUCGCCGCGGCGACAGCAGCGCCGCCGGUCCCGAUCGCGCUCCACCCUGAGCUACUCGCCGGUGCGGAAGAAUCCGGAGCGCUACAGGGACAUCCUGGAAGACCGGAAGCAGCGGCGGGAUCAGAAGAAGGGCGCGAAGGGCGACAAGGCGAAGUCACGCUCGACGUCGAGGAGCAGGAAGGCGCAGAAGAUAGCGGUCGCGCCCAGGGUGAGUCUGAGAUCGUCGAGCGAGGACGAGGCCGAUUUGGCGGCCGACGACGACGAGCCCGGCAAGCAGCAGCGGGAGGAGGAGGACGAGGAGCGGAGAAUCAUGGAGCUGAACACACUGAAGCGACUGCAGAGCGGACUGGCGGCAAAAGCGCGCGAGACACUGGAGAAGAAAGUGAUCAGUCCCGCGAAGAUCAAGAUCGAGAGACGAGAGGACAACGUGCUGGACAUCGCUCUGCCGAACGAGCCGCCGAAGAUCGUCAUGCAGAGCGUAGCCGCGCCGAUUCGCGACAGAUCGGUGUCGAAGGAGCCGGUUGCGCAGACUCUGCCGGCCGUGCAGUCGCCGGUGUCGAGCAGAUCGCCCUCGCCGGCGCUUCCGCUCACCCGCGAGGAGGCGGCGAUCAAGAUCAGAUCGCCGAGCGAGUCGCCGCCGUCGUUGCUGCCCCAGCAGUCCUUCGACAAGGUCGAUUCCGCGUCACCCGGCGCGAAGAGCAGGACGAAUCGCCGAUUGUCGACGUCGCCGAGCGCCUCCGGCAAGAAGAACUCAUCGCCGAUCGCGAGGAAAGACGCCUCCGUGAGAGAGUCGUCCUCCCGUUCCCCCGCGCCGCCGAUAAUAUUCCGAGAGGAUAACGUGAUGACGAAACUGCGCUCACCGAGCGAGUCGCCGCCGCCGUUGCCGAGCGUCUCGCUCGCCAGAUCGAGUCGGCGCUCGAAGUCGCCGAAGAAGAACAAGUCGUACUCCAGAUCGGCGUCGCGCUCCUGCACGAGAUCGCCGGCGUCCGUCGCGGGCAAGGCGAGGUCUUCCAUAUCGCCGUCGCGGGACAAGAAGUCGCGGUCCCGCUCGCGCGGCAAGAAGUCGUCGGCGUCGCCGAGACGACGGUCGGCGUCCAGAUCGGCCUCCCGGGCGAACAAGACGUCGCCCAAGGCGAGGGCGGCGAAGCAGCAACGCUCCCGCUCGAGGUCCUCCUCGGCGGAAUCGAAGCGCUCGAGCGUGUCGAGGUCGCUCUCGCGCUGCAAGAAGUCCGCCUCGCGGUCCAGAAGCAGAAACCGAUCGUCGUCGAAGAGGAGAUCGCGCAGCCGCUCCUCCCUGUCGAAGAAGUCGAGGAGUAGAUCGCUGUCGAAGAAGAGGUCGCGCAGCCGUUCGCAGUCGAAGAAGUCCAAGAGUCGUUCGCGAUCCGCGUCGAGAGCGUCCAGGGACAAGGACAAGCGCAGUCGCACGAGGAGUAGCUCGCGUUCCUCCAUCAGCUCGAGGCACAGUCGAGGCAGGAGCUUCUCCAGCUCGUCGAGAUCAUCGAGCAGCGUUUCCAGUCGGUCCUCCCGCUCCACCUCCAGCAGCUCCGCCUCCAGCAGAUCGCGCUCGCCGUCAAUACCCCGGCGUCACGGCUCGCCCAGCUUCCUCGACAGACGGCGCAUCACGAGUGCAAGGAAACGUCCAAUUCCGUAUCAUCGACCCACCCCGACGCCACCCUCGUCGCCGAGCAGCUCCGAGAGCAGCAGACACAGCAACUGGUCCAGUCCGAGUCAUCGAUCCAGCUGUUCCGCCAGCCGCAGUCCAUCUUACACGCGCUGAGAGGCGCGUGUGUACUCCCGACAGGAAUCCGACGUUCCUUCUGCAUUCACUAGACUCGGAGCAGUGUGGUUUGAUCCUCUACGACCUGACGCGAGCCUGGAAUAAACCGCUACUCGUUUCUCGAAACAUCAAUUUCUCCCACUGAGUAUUGUAUUUGAAUAUUAGUUUGAAGUAACAACUGUAAAUAUUGAUUUCGUGUGAAAGUUCAGGUCGUAGAGGGUUGAGAAAUGUUCCAGAGAAGAGUUAAGUGUCUGUUAAGUUUUCUGAAACGAGAGAUUACGGAGAGAUUGCGAGAGAGAGAGACGCAGGGUGUCUCGAAAAGUGGACGUGGCGUUGAUCUUUGCGAAAUUCAUUAGCGAAUAUCUCAUCGACGGUUCUCGAUGGUUCUUCAACGAAAGAAGAUAGAACGAUGGAACGAGUUUCGCGUGGAGCAACGCUAUGUCUCUACUUUCAGCCAGUUCUGAGACACUUUGUAUAUUGAAUUGUUCGCGAUAUCAAUUGAUCCAACAAAUUGAUCCGACAAAAGUUUGAAAGAUGUCUGAGACAUUUUUACUUUGUUAUAAAAAAAAAAAGAGUACGUUGAUUUUAUUAUUUUAGGAUAACGAUUGGCAAUCAGAAUUGCCCGGAAAUGUAAGUGCAGGCUAUCAAUGAUUUUUCAUUAAGUAUUAUUUGAAUGUUGUUUAAUGGAUUUAUUCGAUUCCAUUCAAUGACAUCGAAAGCGCCGUUCCGAGGAUAAGCGCGUAAUCUUCGUGUGCGUUUAUUUUUCCGGACAAACGUAACAAUCAGAGAUUAAUUGAUAUUAUAUUUAUAAAACGAAGUCAUAAAUUUCAAUAACUAUCAUAUCGCUAGUAUCGUGCAUUCCAAUGAUUUUCUCGAAUGGGGAAGUAUUACAUUCCAAAUCGAUUUCACAUUUGUUUCUCACUCGAACGCGAUGCAGUUUUAUAAUUAUCGCGCAGAAAUAUCGAUGUAGAAUUUAAUGUACUAUAUCCUCUUUCUCUCUUUACUCGGCAGGUUCAUAUUAAAAUGGUGCAGUAAUUUCAUCUCAUUUUUUCCUAUAGGAAAGACUUGCAUUUGAUUUUAAGCAUUCGUUGCGUGUGUGAAGACGUGCAAAUAAGCGAGGGGGAUACUUAAAUAAUAGAUAAUGAGAAUUCUUUCUCUCUUUCUCUCUUUAUGAAGCGAGACUUUUAUAAAAUGUUCGUCUCCAUCUUUACGAUGUAAAAUUCUCUUCUAAGUUUCCGUUGAAUCGCUCCAAAAUUUCUCACGCAAUUCGCUAACGUGAUAUGAGCAAUAAUGGAAAAGAAUCUAGUUGAGCAUCGUUUUUCGUCACUCUGUUUCGCAAUAUUUUGAUGUAGCUUAGUGAGAUAACGAGCGUUUAUUUUCCAAAUCACGCUCUACUAUAAAUUCUCAUACUAGUCAACGAAUCUCGUGAAUUGAAUACGUGUAUUCGCAAUUUCUUUAGUGCAAUCAAUUCAUUCUUUUAUAUAUAUAAGACACAUUCGUUUAGAAAAAAAUCAUACAUUUUUCUGAGACGACAUCCUUAAACCUUCUGCGUGAUAUCUGUGAGCCGUCUAUGGGCUACGUAUACUUCAUCAAUUAUUUUAUUAGAAAGAUGUUAUAUAUUUUAUUUAUUGCAUUUAUAUUUUAUCUGCAAAAAAUUAAUUUAACUAAAUUGUAAAAAAUCUCUUUAAGUAAAAAAAAAAAAUUAUCGACAGACAAAUUUUGGCAAAUUUGACAGUCUUCUGGACACAAAGAGCACGCAAAGGGUUGAUAUCUAGUUCAUAAUAUUUAUUUAUAUUUAUAUAGAUAUUUAUUUAUUUAUUUAUUCUGUAAAGCAGUCUUAGCGAUCGCGGUAUGUAAUACUGCGAUUCUUUUACAUGCAAUACUCGCAGCUAGAAAAAAAAAAAUACUCUAGUCAUAUGGAGAUGAUUUUUCGCGAAGGCCCGAAGCACCGGGCCAGGCAGCAGCGUAACAAAAAGGCAUAAUUAGAAUAGUAGUCUUGACUACGCGACGUUAAGUCUCGAAGAUAUAUGUAUAGGGUUAAAGAAAGAUCGUAUUUGAAAAGUCUACAUUGUUUACGAUUAGACAAAACUAUGUAGCACUAGUUCUCAUACUCACACACUAAGGACUGAUUCCUUUUUAAUGAAGAAUUUCCCGAGUGCUAGUACCGUUGCACUGCUGCUGCUAGGAUCGUUGCAUAUGAAAUGUCGGAAGUGUGACAUUUGGCAUAGAAAAUAGCCUCGAUUUUUCCAUUUUUUAAACUACCUGCAUUUGACAAGAUCGUGAAAACAACUUUUUAUUCUGAAAAUAUUGAAUGUUUUUUAAUUACAUGUUAUUUUGUUCCUUCAGAAAUUCUCUGAAAACGAUUGAAGCCGAUAUUUCAUGUAUACAACAACCUAAUGAUUUACGCUGUUGGAUUCUAUAUUAAUGCAAUUCUUUUUGUUCGAAUAUAUUUUACAGUUUCAUCAGAGUAUUAAUUGUGAUUGCUCCUUCCUUUCCAAAUCAGUACAACAACGUUAUGAGAUCUGAAACGGUAAAUUCGGAAACAACGCUUCUUGCACACCCAUUAUACCCUGCGAUCACACUCACUGAAAAUUACUUUCAAAACUCGAGUUACUUUCAGAAUAAAAUUCUGAUCUCCUCGUUCAUCGUCCCAUUGUUGAGAGAAACUUGUCAUGGCUUUUGAACCUGAUGUCUGUACCCACUUAUAAUUUGCAGCCAUCGAAUGUUACUAUCUCGUUAAAGUGAAAGAAAUUCGGAUAUUAUAUCUGUAAUAUACUCUGUAUUGUUGUUGUGUGAUUAAAUCGAAAACAUCAAAUAUACAGACCGUA